UAGGAUUUCCCCCUCUCCUGUGUGUGGGAGUGGUGUUGUAUGAUGUCGCUUCCCAGCUGAUGGAGAGCCUGUAGAGCCUGUUUUGCCUUUUCCUCUCCUCCUCCCCCUCCCCAAAGCAUGUGACCAUGUGAUCACAGUCACUGCAGCCAAGCUGAAGAAACUUGUGACUUAGAGCAUCAGCAUCAGCGAGCAAGAUAAAAACUGGACGACUCCACUGUCCGUCUUCCAUCUCCUCCUCGUCGUCUCCAGCACUCAACAUGGACUGCGGGAUUUUAACAUCGAAGAGCGUCCUCCUCCUCCUCAGCUUGAUAUUCUGGGCGGCUGGAGCUGUGUUGGCGUACAUCAGUGCGUAUGUGAUCAGAAGCUACAACAACUUUGACAGUUUCAUCCAGGACAGGUAUGCACUGGUCCCAGCCGUGAUCAUCAUUGGCGUCAGCGUGGUGAUGUUCGUCUUCGGCCUGGUGGGAUGCUGCUCCACGAUCCGGGAAUCUAAAAUCGGCCUCAGCUUUUUCUGUGUGAUCAUCAUGGUGAUGUUUGCAGCUGAAGUAGCUGCUUUGACAUUUGGCUUCAUCUACCAGGGCAAGAUCAGCGGAGACCUGGAGCGCUCUAUGAACGAUGCUCUAGCAAAGUAUGACGGACAGGGGACGGAGACUAAAAGUGUGGACUACUUGCAGAAUCAGUUGCAGUGCUGCGGAGUUAAAAAUUACACCAGCUGGUCCAACACGACCUGGUUUACCAGUCACAACAACACAGUUCCUCUGUCCUGCUGCAAAAACAUCACCACAGCGUGCACUGGCAGACUGGAUCAACCAGCUCUGCUUAACGUCGAGGGUUGUGAGAUCAAGCUGAAGAACCUCAUAGAGAGUGUGUGGGGCUACGCCAUGCUGGUCAUCCUGGGCUUUGCCAUCAUCAAGCUCUUUGGAAUGUUGAGCGUGUGUGUCAUCACCUGUAAAACCGGCAGCCGGAGAAGCGGCUACCAGUCGCUCCACGCCUGACAAAAACACCCUAACACCGCUUUCCACAAAUUAACGCCGGGUGUCGUCUGAUGCUGCGGCGUACAGAAGCAUAUGCAGGUCAAACAUAUACACGUGGGAACAUUUCUUUUUGAAAUAAUGGCCUAUAAAAUACACAGAUUCUGCUCAGAUGAGAUAUGGGACAUUGUUUGGAUUUUUUUUCACUCCUUUUAUGGUGUUCUAUCUAAAGCUGACAUGACAGAAGAGGAUAGGGUGGGAGGAAAGAAAACUAUUUUUUGAGAUGUUACUUGUAAAUUUUCAUCGUGUUGAUACUCUUUUAAAGAACAUGAAUGUACCAUAAUAAUCAUUGAUUGUAAUUACUGUAAACACAGUUCGAGAAAUGUAAUGCCUUCUUUAGGAUCGCAAUAUUUUUAACCAACUGAAUCAAUGGGCACGCAAAAAUAUUGAUGUACUGUAAUAGUCAUUUAGAUGUAUUUAACUAUAGGUUGCAGUUCCACACAGUUUGGUGUUUGGUUGUGAUGUUUCUAAAUUAAAAGAAAAUGCUUCCUAUUUCACAAUAA